UGCUCAGUUGCUGUUCCAGCCACAGGUCCUGCAUCACUGUGUGCCUUUGCUCUGUGAAUUAUAAUCACUACUGACAUGUUACCCUGGACCUCGGUACUUCUGUGGACUUUAGCUGGAUUUCUGUCUUUACCUGACAAGUCUGAGCCUUGUCGAGGCAAUGGCCUCUCUAUGGCGUGUGAUUUUAUUUUCCGAAAUGUCUGCUUCGAGUUUGUUGACGACUCAAAACCCUGGUCUCAAGCCAGGGACAGCUGUGAAAGCCGGGGAGGGAAACUCCUGGAGGCGAUGAGCAGCCCCGUCAAAAACCUCAUGAAGAAUAUCACCAGGGGAAAUAAAAACAUCAUUGUUACAUGGUGGCUGGGGGAGGAAGUCCAAGUGGACUCUGUCCUGCUGAAUCGUGUGGCUUCCAACAACAGCUGCAUGUACGUAACGCUGAAGCCUCUUCUACUCAUUCUAACAUCUGACUGCAGUCAGAGCCGAGGGUCCGUCUGCACCCACAGUUUGCAGUCUUCAUCACAGAACCCCGUCAUGAUGUCCAGUCAUGAAGCAAGACCUCGGCUCAGAAGAAACAUACAAGGCAUGGCUUCAUCUAUCGCAAAUAUUACCGCACUUCUCCAGUCAGCAGAUGAUGAGUUACAUCUAAUAGAGACAAACCCAGGGGAGCCCACAAAUAACGACAGGGACCAAUUCAUUCAGUACUUGCUGGCCGGUACUAAAACACUGACUCCAAGUUUUGCUGUGCAAAACACCAACGUUAUGAGUCACAUCAUCAACUGCAGCACUGGCAUCUUCCUACUGUCGGAGAAGAAAUGUGACAUCGCCACCAAUCCAAACCCCACGGAUUUGUUUGAACGGAUUUUCGAGAUCUUUCGGUUGGUCGCGAUCCUAAUCGGCACAGCUAAUAACCAGACGCUGGUUAUGAAGCUUCGAACAGGGACCCUCUAUCAGAGAACGUACAGCCCUGCUGACCUCGGCCAUGCAGUGCUGGGUUCUCAGGCAGAUGGGGAUUACGUCGUAUUCCCCUCGUAUUCAGCACUGCAGGCUCAGCUGGGCGUGAGUGGCCCAAUCUUCGCUCAGAUGGCGAGCCUCUCAGAUAAUCCCCAUCCAUCUGAUGACAACAUCACAGGGACCGUUUGCAGCCUUUUGCUCACUAACGGCGUCUCCGACAUCACUCUGUGGAACCUGUCAGACAUGAUAGAGAUCUUUUUGCCUCGUCCAGAUGCCCCAGAUGUAGUCAACACCACCGUUUUGCUGACGACAAGCACGAAGGCGCUGACGUCGUUCAAUGUGUCGGACCCAAGCAUGACCCUGUUCUUCAGCGCGGAGCCCAGUGUCAACGUAACGCUGGUCGUUGCUCUGUCCUAUGGAUCGCCUCCUAGCUCUAAGACCCCCAACAUAACAGCCGUCCUGACUGUACGAGAUAGCUACCGCUGGAUGGUAACGCCCGAGAUGCUACAGCACACCACUGGGCUCUGGUACAUCGACACCAGGCUCUCCAACUCCUCGUCGCAGUCAGACCUGAGCCUGAAGAUCACUUCGUUCAUGACCAAGUGCCUGUACUGGAACAUGAGCACGGAGACCUGGAGGACAGACGGCUGCUGGGUGGGCAACAAAAGCACUUCAAGGCGGACGCACUGUCUGUGUAACCACCUCACUCUGUUCGGGAGCUCCUUCUUUGUGAUGCCAAACUACGUGGACAUAAGCCAAACCGCACAGCUGUUCGCCACCGUGUCGCAGAACUACGUGGUGCUGGCGCUGCUGUGCUCGUUCUUCGGCCUCUACCUCAUCACGCUAAUGUGGGCGUGUUAUGCCGACCACAGGUCCCGCUUGAAGAGGAAGAUAACUCUAGUGGAGAGCAACCAUCCAGGUGCUCUUUACAACUACCUGAUCCACGUCCAAACUGGCCACCGUAGGAACGCCGGGACUACGGCGAACGUCACAGUGACGCUGAUCGGCUCAGAAGGGGAGAGUGACGCACACGUCCUCACAGAUCCUGAGAAGCCCGUGUUUGAGAAGGGAGCCGUUGACAUGUUCCUGUUGUCCACGGCCUUUCCACUCGGUGAAGUCAGCAACCUCAGGAUGCAGCACGACAACUCUGGAGGUCACCCAUCGUGGUACGUCAACAAGGUCAUCGUACAAGACCUCCAGACGCGACAUGCGUGGCACUUCUUUUGCAACUGCUGGCUGAGCGCAGACCGUGGAGACAACAUGACCAAGAAAACCUUUAACGCAGCAAAGAGCAACGAGAUCGCCAGCUUCAGGAAUAUUUUCCAGUCCAGAACAUCCACUGGUUUUAGGGAUGAACACAUCUGGGUGUCUAUAGUGAACCCUCCCUCCCGCAGUCCUUUCACGCGCGCCCAGAGGGUCUCUUGCUGUAUGAGCCUACUCCUCUGCACCAUGGCCAUCAAUAUCGCCUUCUGGAACGUGCCUCUGGACCCAAACGCACCCGUCAUUUUCCAAAUAGGUUCAUUGCAAAUCACCUGGCAGGAGUUUAUGGUGGGGGUGGAGUGUGGUCUCCUCAUGUUCCCAAUCAACAUCCUCAUCAUCACCAUCUUCCGAAGCAUCCGAGCUCGCGUUGUUUCAAAACCCCAGGAAGAUGAAAACGUGACCUUGAGAGCCGCUGGAAUUAACGUACCAGCGAUACUGAAGGAAACAGAGGUAAUCAUUUAUACUGUGAGCAGCAGCCCGAGGAACAAGUUAUCAGAGAUAAGCAAGCUGGAGUCAAGCUCCGACCUCUACUAUGCGUUGGACAGGCUCCAUGAAUUCGUCCAACUCAUGCAAGGAGAGAGUGAGAGUGACCAGCACUGGGUCUACUGCAGCAAGUUCCUCCUGGCCGGCCUCUGUCACCUCCUCAUGUGUCUGGAGAAACUGGAUGAAAGAAACUUCCCUCAUCCACAGGAGUACCAGCAGGUCCUCAAUAUCACCAACCUGCUGGUCCGCAAGACUGAGAUGGUCUUCAGCAGCCAUCUAGCAUGCUGCCCGACUCCUGUGAAGAGGACGAAGAGGAAGAUGACGGGAGGCUUCUGGCUGCCGUGGUGGUUUGCGUUCGUUGGCUGGUUCCUGUUGCUGUCCAUUAGUGGAGUAUCCACUUACUUCACCCUGCUCUACAGCUUUCAGUACGGCAAAGACAAGUCCAUCAAGUGGGUCCUGUCUCUGGGCCUCUCCCUCUUCCAGAGCAUCUUCGUGCUGCAGCCUCUCAAGGUGUUAGGCGUCGCUGUGGUGUUCGCCCUGCUGCUGAAACCUGUAGCUGUGGAGGAGACUGAAGAAGUUGAGCAAGUGCUGUUAGAGCAACAAGCCAAGUGCAGACGCUACUCUGGCAGGGAAACGCUCUGAGGAAGCUGCAUUGGGCUCCAGCGGGGACAGCUGUUACCCCAACAUUCUUGCUUCGUAACACUCUUUUGCACUUAUUCUGAGUUUUAUGUUCUGAAUGUAGAUUUUCUAACACAUUCUGGUGUUUUUUGUAUGUGUACAGAGUUUUGAAUGUUUAAGAAAGGGUUUCUGAAAUAGGGACUUAGGGUAAUGUACUAUUUAUGAUGGUGUACAUGUACAGUAUAUAGAGACUAACAUCUCUUUAAGCCUAAGUUAAACAGCUUUGGUUCAUCUGUGAGCUCAUUCAUCUCAUGUCAGAAUACAAAAUAUGUACAUUCCAUCUUCUUUUGCCAUUUAUUGAAGUUAAGAUGUCAAAUAUUAUAUUUACACUUUAAGUUACUUAAUUCAUUCACACUACAAUAAUCCAUUCUAUUAGUGUUUUGUGCUUUUAUUAAUCAUAGAAACACACUAUUUAUUAAUUUAUUUCAUUGCUACUGUAAUUUAGUUUGUGAGUGCAGAUAAACUGCUGUGACCUACAGACUAAUACUCUAUACAGAUCCUGUUUAAAUGUCAUCGCUCUUAUAUAAUAACAAACUUAAAAAUUAUAUUUUUAUUAGUUUUUAGAAAGUGAUUGCUAAGUUUUCUGAUAUCUGGAUGAUUGUGUGGCAAAUUGAAAUCACUGACAUACGAAUCUAUGCACAAACAGACAUAAUAGCAAAGUAAAGACAUGCUAAAACAUUUAGCAAUUUUCUAUAUUUUAUUUAUUUUUCUUCAAUAAUAAAGAAUAAAAUGUCUUAUUUAUAAAAAUA